AGACCCUGCCCACUGCUGGCCAUGGCUGCAGGUCAGUGAGGGCUCCACACAGGCUGCCAGCAUGCCGCGGGCACCGGGGCGGUACGACAGACACCUCACUGGUGAAGGGAGAGGGCAAAGCGCAGGUGGAGGGGCUGUUGCCCACUCGGGAGGGAGCCAUCAGUCCCCAAGGCAGGGCACAGCACCCUGGCACACCUCCAUCGCUGGCACUUGGCGUGGAAUGAGAGAUUUCAAGGCUCCUGGCACUCAGUAGCGUUUCUCCCUGACGCAACACUGUGGUGGUGCAAAACCCCAGCACAAGUCUGCUGGGGCAGAGACGCAGCGGUGGAGGGCACCAUGGCGAAGAGGGUGGCCAUCAUCGGAGCAGGCAGCAGCGGGCUGUGUGCCAUCAAAGCUUGCCUGCAAGAGGGGCUGGAGCCCGUCUGCUUUGAGAGGACCGGGGACAUCGGAGGGCUCUGGAGGUUUGAGGAGCACCCCGAGGAGGGCCGUGCCAGCAUCUAUCGCUCCGUCAUCAUCAACACCUCCAAGGAGAUGAUGUGCUUCAGCGACUUCCCCAUCCCCGAGGACUUCCCCAACUACAUGCACAACUCCAAGAUCAUGGAGUAUUUCCGCAUGUACGCCCAGCACUUCCGCCUGCUCCACCACAUCCGCUUCAGGACCAGCGUGUGCCGCGUUUCCAAGCGCCCCGACUUUGCCACCACGGGCCAGUGGGAGGUGGUGACAGAGAGCGAGGGGAAGCAGGAGGCGGCCGUCUUCGAUGCCGUGCUGGUGUGCACCGGGCACCACUGCGAGGCACAUCUCCCGCUGAGCUCCUUCCCAGGCAUCAAGACGUUCAAGGGCCGUUACCUCCACAGCCGAGACUACAAAGAUGCCCAAGAUUUUACAGACAAGAGGGUUGUUGUGAUUGGGAUUGGGAAUUCAGGCUCAGACCUGGCUGUGGAGAUCAGCCAAACAGCCAAGCAGGUCUUCCUUAGCACCCGCCGGGGCGCAUGGAUCUUCAACCGUGUUGGAGGUCGGGGCUACCCCAUGGACAUCAUCUUCCUCACCCGACUCAAUAUGGUUCUGAGGCAGCUGCUGGGCCUGUCCGUGGCAAGCAAGUUCGCAGAGAAUCAGCUGAACGCAAGAUUCGACCACUCACACUAUGGCGUGAAGCCAAAACACAGGGUCUUUGAGCAGCACCCAACCGUCAAUGAUGACCUGCCAAACCGCAUCAUUUCGGGCAGGGUGCUGGUGAAGCCAAACGUCCAGGAGUUCACAGAGACGUCUGCCAUCUUUGAGGAUGGCACCAAGGAAGACAUCGACACUGUGGUUUUUGCCACGGGAUACAGCUUCUCCUUCCCCUUCCUGGAGGGCUGUGUGAAGGUGGUGGAGAACCAGAUUCCCCUCUACAAAUUCAUGUUCCCUCCUGACUUGGAGAAGCCAACAUUGGCUUUCAUCGGCUUCAUACAGCCCCUGGGUGCCAUCAUGCCCAUCUCCGAGCUCCAGUGUCGCUGGGCCACCCGUGUCUUCAAGGGGCUGAACACGCUGCCCCCACAGCAGGACAUGGAGGCUGACAUCAGACAGAAGAGGGACGCAAUGGCAAAGCAGUACGUGAGGAGCCAGCGGCACACCAUCCAGGUCGAUUACAUCCCCUACAUGGAUGAGCUCGCCUGUCAGGUGGGCGUCAAGCCCAACCUGCUCGCCCUCUUCCUCACUGACCCCAAGCUGGCACUGGAGGUGGCCUUCGGGCCCUGCACACCGUACCAGUACCGCCUGCGGGGCCCGGGCCAGUGGGCUGGUGCCAGAGAGGCCAUCCUCACCCAGCACCAGCGUAUCAUCAAACCCCUGCAGACACGGCACAUGGAGGAGCAAGCAUCAUCCCCAGCCGUGCCCAUCAUUUUCAAGCUGGUUGGGGCCGUGGCCAUCCUUGCCAUCAUUUUUGCUUACUUGUAGGUGCCCUACAAGUGUAGGAAGGGAGGCUUUAUGAUGUGCUGGGGGAGCUGACUGGCCACCUAUCGCCCUGCGACAGCCUGUGCACCCCAGCACUGGCAGGAACCCUCCUCCUGCCUGGCACAGCCCUGCCACAGCCACACCACAAGCUCAGGGUGUGCAGAGCCUCCUCAGCUGCCAAAAUAAUGCCCCGGAACCCACUCUGCACCUCCUGCACAGGGAGAUGCCACCAGGGAUGAACAAGAAAACCUGCUGUUACACAGGGUAAAACCCAGUCCCUUUCAACCCAGAGGGGACGCACCGGCUUUCCUGUCACCUGUAACCCAGCUGAGCCACCGCUGGCUACACCCACACCAGAGCUAAGUAGCAGAGGCACAGCAGACAUGAUAACUGGAUAAAAGUGUGUUAAACAGA